CGCCGUUUCUUCGCGCGGCUGCUCUUUUUGUCGGCUUUUUACAAAUUAGUUAGGAAAAAUGUAGAUUGCAGUUUUUUUUUCUUCCAUUAAAUUUUUAUGUGGGUUGAACCUAGAAGCCAUUUCGUUGCAGUCACAUGAAGGCUUUGCUGUUUGAGCCUGUAAUGCCGGCUGAAUAGUAACCGAACGGGCUGACAUGAGGAACUCGAGUCAUGCAUCCGUACCGAACUAAAAGUGCCGCUGAACGGUUGUUUGACUCGUUCAUCUCAUCUGAGAGCGAGUGACUCGCGCUCCUGAGCAACUGCGCGUGAGAAGAGUUUUCUCCACGCGCGGGGCUUUAAACUCAGCGCGGAGCUCGAGCUUCGCCUCCACUUUCACACUCUUAAACAUUUUGCUUAAACUUUAGUGCAACUUAAAUCACAAUGCAUUUGACAAGAAAAAGGGAGAAGAAAUGGGUGACUGUUGGAGACACAUCACUGCGAAUCUACAAGUGGGUACCAGUGACAGAGCCCAAGUCAGAUGAUAAGAGCAAGAAAAAGAAGAAAGGCAAAGAUGACAAAUACGGCUCUGAGGUCACGACCCCUGAGAACAGCUCUUCUCCGGGAAUGAUGGAUAUGCAUGAUGAUAACAGUAACCAGAGCUCCAUUGCAGACUCCUCCCCACUGAAGCAAGAGACCAGCAACAACACUAGUCCUGCACCUGAGCCCAUGGCAGCUUCUCAGAAUGACAGCAAUGACUUGAAAAGCGACCAAUAUCCUUCCAAACAGCCUUCAUCUGUUCAGGAUCAUAAGAGUGAACAAAACCACUGCUUAUCAGAAUCUAUAACAGCCAAAAGGGACAGCAAGUCACAGGGGGAUUCAGAGCACUUUUUAGACUCUUCCAAAUCAGCCCAGGAUUUGGAAGAUGGUGCUCCCCCAAGCAAAAAAGGGAAAACCGAUUCUUCCUCUGAAGAAAGUUAACCAUCUUCUCCCAGCUGUCAGGCAUUUGCGAUUCCCAUCUCUUAUCCUGAAACACAUCACAACAUAGGAGGUUUACUUCAGUUCUACACUCUUCCCUACUACCAUCUAUUCACUUUAAUCCAGAAAACCCAUCUCUUGCGGUCAUUUUUAGUGUGGAGGGCAUGUCGGGAUCAUCAUUGUAUGAGUAAGAGUACUGAAUCAAGCUGUGAGAUAUUGUACUGAUCCUAAAACAGUUCAUGCUGCCCUACAAUCACUACAUGCUAUUUCUUUUGCUAAGAUCAGUAUUGUCAAUUGAAACGGCACUGGAACUGCCAUAGUUUUUCCACAUUGGCAUUGAUAUCAACUGCCAUUUGCGAUUUUAAAAAAUUUGUAUCACUCACCUUUUCUUGUUCACUCAGGAAGGUCAACACACUGUUUUUUAAAUCACGCUAAAAGUAACUGAUUUCUGCUGCUGUAGUUUAGUGAGAUUUCACCAUAAGUAGCCAAGUAUAAAAAAAUGCAAAUGGUACUAG